AGCCAAUAGGAAUGGAGAGCAGGCGGAGUCCGCGAGAUUCAAACGUGUGUGUCGAUCGGCUAUCACCAGGGCUGGUAGGGGGAGAGAGCGGUCGGUCCGGACAAGGGGUCAGCGCUCAGCCGGUAGGAGAAGGUCUGUGUCCCGGUCCGCACGUCUCAUCACGGAGGACUCCAGGAACCGUCUGUGCACGCUGAGAAGCCGUCCAUUCUAUUCAGAACCACUGGGAACUGAACCUCACCACAGCAAGCCUGAGGAACCCCAACCCCCUCUCUACAAAGUGUUGUGCCAUUGCACAGUCCCACAAGGACUCUAAGGAUGUUGCCUCUUCGCCCCUCUCGGCCAACGUUAUCCAAAGCGUCCCGCACAGGAAAACCCGUUACUGCAGAGAAUGUUCAGCCUGCGAAGGAGGACUGUGUGCAGACGAAGCGUUCCCCAUCAUCCCCACAGGGUGGAGCAAAGAAGAGAUCUGCUUUUGGAGACAUCACCAAUGAGAAGAUAGGAUGUUCCCUUCAAACCAAACCCACACUGGGGAAUCGGGCUAACAAAAAUCAGCAACAGCUUCAUAAAAAGAAAGAUGGACAGAAAGCUGCUCCAAAGAAGACAAGAAAUAUAGCCGUCAAUGGAGUAUUAAAAAAUAAUGAAAUUAAAGUCAGGAGGGCACCAAGAAAAGUUGCCAUCUCAGAUGUAGAUGUCGGGCUGGUGAAAGAAGAAAAAAUAAGCAACGAAGAUGUUAAGUCUGAGCCAAAAGUGGAAACUAGUCUGAAACGGGUCUUUCCACCAGACGUGGAGGAUAUUGAUAAAGACUCGCUGGAUGACCCAUUUUGCAGCUCUGAGUAUGCUGAGGAUAUUUUUGCUUACAUGCAUAAAAGAGAGGAAAAAUUUGUGCUUUCUAAUUAUAUGGAGUCUCAGAAAGAUAUCAGUAAAGAAAUGAGAGCGAUACUGGUGGACUGGAUGGUGGAAGUGCAGGAGAACUUUGAACUGAAUCAUGAAACUCUGUACCUGGCAGUAAAGCUGGUCGACCAUUACUUGGCCGUCUCGGUUAUUGUUAGAGAGAAGUUGCAGCUGAUUGGAUCUACUACUGUGCUUAUUGCUUCUAAAUUUGAGGAACGUUGCCCACCUUGUUUGGAUGAUUUCCUUUAUAUCUGUGAUGAUGCUUACAAGAAAGAGGAACUGAUAGCAAUGGAGAUGGACAUCUUGCAGAAGCUUAACUUUGACAUAAAUAUCCCUGUUCCUUAUCGCUUCCUUCGUCGUUUUGGAAAGUGUGCCCAUGCCAGCAUGGAGACUCUUACGCUUGCCAGAUACAUAUGUGAGCUCACACUGCAAGACUAUGACUUUGUUCAAGAAGGCGCUUCCAAGAUGGCUGCAAGCUGCUUGCUUCUUGCACUGAAGAUGAAAGACUUGGGGGAAUGGACGGCUACCCUACGGCAUUACAGUGGAUAUCAGGCAAUGGAUCUGUUGCCUCUUGUAAAAAGGCUGAACUUCAUGAUUAUGUGUCAAUCAAAUGAAAAACUGAAGGCAGUAAGGAGCAAAUACUCACACAGGGUAUUCUUUGAAGUUGCAAAACUCCCACCCUUAGAUGUGCUGAAGCUAGAAGAAGUUAGCUAGAUGUUUUAGUUUAAAUUUGUCUGGAUCAGUUAUAUGCCAGAUUUGUAUAUACAGUGUAAAUAUAAGAACUUUUCUAUAAUAUUGGUACCCCAUUAUCCAGCUGCCUACGAGCUUUUCUAUGUACAGUCUGUUUAUAACACUUUGUAUAGAAGAUUGAGACCAGAAGAGAGAAUACAUGGAUGAAUUGG